CAAUUUUGACAAAAAAUGAAAAAAAAUUGUAAACUUAAGAUGGAAGGGUGUAACAUUUUCACGACAAUUCUCCUUGUGUGCUGCAUCUUCUUCAUCUUUGUUACCAGCAUUUCUCUAACAUGCGUUGAGCGAAAAAAUUGACGUUCUGCCGAUCUUUAACGAGGAGAAUAAUCGCGCACAAUCAGACGCCCAUGGCUCAAUGGAUCUCCUCCAAGCUCAAAGUUGCCGAGAAUAUUCUCCAGCAGAUUGAUCAGCAAGCUGCUGAAUCACUUAAGAAGGGAGAAAAACCCAGACCUGAAGGCUUAGAUGUUGGAAUCUCGACCACAUCUAGUCAGAGGAAGCCAUUGAAGGACCAGCUUAAGAAGAAAUCUUCUGAAAUCAAGGAUUUUAGUCAAAAGCUGCAGGAUGGAAAUUUGGAUGAUAUUAGCACCGAGAAAAGCAAGAAUAAUGCUACUACCUAUAAUAAACACCAGGAUGUUUUUCCACCAAAAAGCUUGAGUGCUAAGCAGGGCACGAAUGCUAGUACCCUUACUGACACUGAUUGGACAGAAUUGCUGAGUGUUCCGAAUAAAAGUCCAUCUAAAGGUGUUGCUCGCAUUAGCAAUAGAGUUGGAGGGGUUCGGGGUUUGAAGAAGGAUGGUCUGGCUCAAGGGAGUUUAGGUUCUAGUUUGCCAGCAUUAGAUGGAAAAAUGAGCCAGAAGGCUCAUGAUAAUGUUUUGAAGAGCUUAAGAAAGUCGGAUGGUCAAUUAGGGGAUAAUGGGAUUGAUAGCGGGCUGUGUGGAAGAUCGAGUGACGGAGUAAAUGUGAUGUCAGGAAGCUCAAGUUCCGAAUUUAAAAGUGAGGGGGACAGUCCAGAUAGAGGUUAUCGUGAUGGAAGAGAUGAGGGUUCAGACCUUUUGCACGGGAACAAUGGUGAGAAGAAUAGAGCAAUGAAUGCCCAAGUAGAUGUUGUUAAAGAUGGAGAUAUCAGAUGGGAGAGGGGCCUCUCUAUUGGGAUGGACUCUGUCACUACUACCGGGGACUCAGAUCCAAAAAUGCAGCUGAAUGAUGAUCAGAGGUUUAAAAAUGGAUCAAAAGUGAGUUCUCGGACUUCUCUGAAGAUAAUCUCUUCCUCACCAAGUGAUGGAGAAUCAGACUCUGAGACAGAUUCAGCAUCUUCAUCAGGCUCUGAAAGUGAACAUGAAAGAGAAGAAAUGACGAAAAGAAGGCAGCAGAUUCUGGCAGAAAAAGCAGCUGCAAAAGCAGUUGAAGCUAUAAGAGAUCGUGAGGAUAUGGUAGCUAAAUUGGAAGGGGAGAAGCAGAGUUUAGAAAAGAUACUCGACGUGCGGGCUAAAGAACAAGCGCAAGAGGCAUCUGAGUUGCAGACAAAAAUGAUGGAAACAAUGGAAGCUGUUGAGUUAGAGAAGCAAAAACACAAUAGCACCAGAAUGGAAACCCUAGCAAGACUGGCAAAACUAGAGACUGCUAAUGCUGAACUUGCUAAGUCCUUCGCUACUGCACAAUGGAAUUUUGAAGUAGAGGCUAGUCGAGUUACGGAACUUCGUCAACAGAUUGAACUGAAAGAGGCAGCUCAAGAAGAUCUAAGAAGGAAGAUUUUCCAAACUAAGGGAAGUGGAGAAAGAUUGGUGGCUUCAAAAGGAGUUGAAUUUGAAAUGGAGAUACUUGAGGAAGAGUACUCUUUUCUUGCAGAUAAAUUGGGAGCAUUGCAAGAAAAGGCAAGGACACUACAAACAAGCAUUGAUUCUACUAAGAGUGAACUGGAGAAUCCUACUGAAGUAGAAGUCGAGCUAAAGCGCAGGCUUGGUCAGUUGACUGACCAUUUAAUUCAGAAACAGGCCCAGGUUGAAGCUCUCUCCUCGCAAAAGGCCACACUGCUGUUUAAAAUUGAGGCUCUGUCAAAGUCAUUGGACGAAAACAAAACAAUGCAUUCAUCCAAUAUUCACAGUUCAUCCUCAUCAACCGGCGAUCUGGAGCUGGGGGAAUGGACAAAACCCAAGUCUUCUUUUGAGGAAAAGGUUCAUUCAGGUCAGCGACAUUUCUGGUCUUUGGUUUGGCAGUUAGAUUACAUCUUCUCUGCAGGAGCGUUGUUCCUACGGCGACACUCCAAAGCAAGGACAUGGUCACUUGUUUACCUUGCGUUUUUUCACCUGUGGGUUGUGUAUAUUCUAAGGUCUAAUCCAUCUGUGUCUGAAGAGGCCACGGGUGCUGCAUUCUCCUUGGAGAAUAUCAAUAACACCGCGCGCAUCUGAUUUGUGCCAAUUUUGCCUCAUUUAGGUGCACUAAACUCAUUGACAAGUGAUUGUAUGCUGCUGUUAUAUUGAGUGAUUAUAGGUAAAAGUUAGGCACAUUAUAUCGUAUAGGUACCUACUUUCCUAUACAUCCAAUUAAUAUUGAAGUAUAUAACUAGUAAAUGUGCAUGUGCUGAAUAUGUACAAAAAAAAUGUGCACAUUUCUAUAAUUUCGUUCUUAUUUCUUGCAUAGACUGGAAGUGUUAUUAGCAGCAAAAUGAAGUCUUUUUAACAAG